AUGGUAUUGAUGUCUGGAGGAAGACGGGGCUUUGCUUUUCCUGCGGAGGGCCGAAAGCUGAACAUGUCGAUGAGGUCGAUCUUUGGAAAAGGGCGCCCACACCACAAGCACUUCAUCCUGGCCUUUCCCCAGACAGAGUCCAUUAAGAAAACAAGCCUGUCUGCAGAUGUAAAGAGGAGGAUGUUCUCUUUUUCUCUCAGGUGUCGACUUGGCAUUAUCAGAGGGAGGACCAAAGAUGAUGGACCGUAUUCGAAGGGAGGCAAGGACUCGGGGUUGACCGACCACACCCAUUCCUCCCGGAGACGCAGCCUUUCAGAGGAGUACCGUGGAGUGACCACUGUGGACCUGAUGAAGAGGGAAGGCAGCAGCCUGGGCCUCACCAUCUCUGGAGGCUCUGAUAAGGACGGCAAGCCCAGAGUGUCAAACCUACGGCCAGGUGGGCUAGCUGCCAGAAGCGACCAGUUGAAUGUUGGAGACUACAUCAAAUCAGUGAAUGGUAUCAACCUGUCUAAGCUUCGGCACGAUGAGAUCAUUAGCCUGCUGAAGAACAUUGGGGAGCGAGUGGUGCUGGAGGUGGAGUAUGAGCUUCCUCCGUUUGUCCAAACACCCUCGGGUGUGAUAACCAAGACUAUAGAGGUGUGCCUGCACAAGGAGGGUAACAGCUUUGGCUUCGUUAUGCGGGGGGGCUUCCACGAAGACUGGCACAGGUCUCGUCCUCUGGUGGUUACCUACGUUAGGCCCGGGGGUCCUGCUGACAGAGAGGGGACUCUGAAGGCCGGCGACCGUGUAUUGAGCAUAGACGGGAUGCCUUUGAACAGAGAGAAGCACGCCGAUGCUUUGACCACGCUGAUGCAGAGCGGCCAGGAAGCUCUGUUCCUGAUCGAGUAUGACGUCUCCGUCAUGGAGGCAGUGCAGCAAGCCUCCGGCCCUCUGCUGGUAGAGAUAGUGAAAAGCCCCUCCGCCAGCCUGGGAAUUAGCCUCGCCACAGCUUUGUACAGGAACAAGUCGGUCAUCAUCAUAGACAAGAUCAAGGCGGCCAGCGUGGUGGAAAGGUGUGGAGCGCUGCAUAUAGGCGACAUCCUUCUGUCAAUAGAUGGGACCAGCACUGAACACUGCUCCCUAAUAGAGGCUACUCAGCUCUUGGCCAGCACUGCUGAUACUGUCAAACUGGAAAUCCUCCCAGCCAGUCAGAGCAGACUUCCCAUCAGGCCCCAGGAAACAGUAAAAGUGCAGAAGAGCAACCAUCACCAUUGGGACCAAAGCAGCAACUACUGCCAUCCCCCACAUGCCAGCAGCAAGACAUGGAGCAGCCCGAGCCACCCACACAACCAGCAGGACCACUGCAAAUCCCUGGUGAGUGGUGGCUUCUCCCCUUCCUCCACAGCCACCUCAGGCUUUAGCAGCCAGGGGAGCAGCACCCUGCCCUGCCCCGGACCCCCCGUCCCCCCCACCAGCCCCCGCAGUGCGACCGGCAAGAGGAACAGGAACAGGAAGAAGGACCAUAAGAGCUCAUUAUCACUGGCAUCCAGCUCGGUGGGCCCGGGGGGGCAGGUUGUUCACGUGGAAACGAGUGAGGUCGUCCUGCGGGGGGAUCCACUCACAGGGUUUGGGGUCCAGCUGCAGGGGGGUGUCUUUGCUACAGAGACACUGUCAGCGCCCCCGGUCAUCCGCUUUAUUGAGCCCGACAGCCCAGCUGAGAGGUGCGGGCUCCUGCAAGUUGGGGACAGACUGUUAUCUAUCAAUGGGAUCCCCACAGAGGAGGGAACGCUGGAGGAGGCCCAUCAGCUGCUAAGAGAUGCUGCUUUGGCAAACAAGGUCACACUGGAGCUAGAAUUUGAUGUAGCAGAGUCUGUGGUACCCAGCAGUGGCACCUUUCAUGUUAAACUACCCAAGAGGAGAGGAGUGGAGCUGGGCAUCACCAUCAGCGCGAGCAAGAAACCGGGCAAGCCCCUCAUCAUUUCUGACAUCAAGAAAGGAAGUAUAGCACAUAGAACAGGCACACUGGAGCCUGGAGACAGGCUGCUGGCCAUCGACAGUGUCCGCCUGGAGAAUUGCACCAUGGAGGACGCCAUGCACGUCCUGAACCAGGCCGAGGACAUGGUCAAACUCCGCAUCCAGAAGGACGAGGACAACAUCGAUGAACUGGAGAUGUCAGGCUCCAUCAUCUACACAGUUGAGCUCAAGAGAUACAAUGGACCUCUGGGCAUCACCAUAUCAGGCACCGAGGAGCCCUUUGACCCCAUCGUCAUCUCUGGCCUCACCAAAAAAGGCCUAGCAGAGAGGACUGGAGCUAUACAUAUAGGCGAUCGGGUCCUAGCCAUCAAUGGGGUCAGCCUAAAGGGAAAGCCCCUGAGUGAGGCCAUCCAUCUCCUGCAGAUGGCAGGGGAGUCUGUCACCCUCAAGAUCAAGAAGCAAGCUGACCAAUCCGAUUGCCAGCGCUCUUCCGAGCACACAGGAUUUCUAAGUGACACGGAAGAUGAACUGACAGACUCCCAAAAGACCAGUAAACACUCAGAGGUCUACUCUGCCACUGUUCCCAGUAUAGACUCGGCCAUGAGCUCCUGGGACAGCUCCGGCUUUGACGCAGGCUACGGAAGCCAAGGGACCUAUCUUCACAAAUCAUCUGAUGUAACUUUGAAUCCAAAUGAGUGGAGGCGUUCAAAGCACAGGAGCCAUCCGGGCUCUGGCUCCUCAGCCCUGACCCAUCAUGCAACCCUCUAUGAUGGCAGAUUCACUGAGGAGGAAUGGGACAAAAUACCCGGAUUCGUCAGCCCUCCUCGUUGCCAUGGCACCCUGAACCAGGAAGACAGCUUCUGGUCCCAAGCGCUGCAGGACCUCGAGACCUGCGGCCAAUCGGAAAUUCUCAGGGAGUUGGAGGCUUCCAUGACAGGUAGCACUCUCAGCCUGUACCUGGAGGAGACCAAGUCUCAAGAGGAGUCAGUAUUUCAUACUACAAUCAGUCCUAUCAAGAGGGAUGGAGUCCACGAUGAACCCAAGACCAAAGGCAACCUGAUCAGGUCCAUUGGAGCCAGGGACAUACCCCCCAGGGGAAAAGGGGACCCAUCUGAUGCUUUGUCCCCUACUACCCUGGAACUGCACAAGCUGACCAUAAGGAAGGACUUCGAGAGCCGUGACUUUGGUUUCAGCGUGUCUGAUGGGCUCCUGGAGAAAGGGGUUUUUGUGAACAUGAUCCGCCCGGAUGGCCCAGCGGACCAGGCGGGGCUGAAACCAUAUGACCGCAUUCUGCAGGUGAACCGCGCGAGGACCAGAGACUUGGACUGCUGCUUGACUGUACCCCUCAUUAUCGAGGCAGGAGACAUCUUGAACGUGGUGAUUAGCAGGAACCCACUUGCAGCAGUGGAUCCUGGGCCACAUGAGGACCAUGAGGACCACUCGACCUCACUCUUCUGUUAUCCGGAGCACAGGACCAAUAGCAUUGCCCUGUGA